AUGCAUCUUCCAUUACAAGUGAUUUUGGUGGUAAUUUUCCAGAUAUGCACAGUGACCAGUGCUGCUGAGCUGCAUCAGAAGAUUUUAAUGACUAAAUCUUCCACCAAACUCGCCAGAAUAAAAUGUACUUUCCCGUCAGAUUGUAGAUAUUACAUUCACUGGUACCAGAAGAAAGAAGGUGAAGCUUUAAAGAGAGUUCAGUAUGUGGACAUUACUGGUGGAAAACAUGAUAAUGAUCCUGGUUUUGAUUUCUUGAGAUCAGAGAGCCCAGCAAAAGAUACGUUUGUUUUAAUAAUCCCUGAUUUAAAGACUGAACAUUCAGCAACAUAUUACUGUGCCUGCUGGGUGCAGGGCUACACAAAAGUGUUCGGUUCAGGAACAACACUUUAUGUUACAGACAACCAGGUCAAAGCACCUCAUGUGGCAGGAUACCCAGUAUCCAACCAGCAUUCAAAAGGAAAGCAUGCUCUGCUCUGCCAAGCGAGCAACAUGUUCCCAAACCUGGUGAGGUUCACAUGGCGGAAGAAAGACCAGAAUGGUAAAAUAGUGAAGCUGCCGGAGAAAGAUGAUGAGGUGCUGGAGCAGAAAGAUGAAGAUCAGAAGGUUUCCAUCACCAGCAUUCUCAUCACAGACCAGCACAAAGUGGGGAGGAAUAAAUUCAUCUGCUCUGUAGAACAUGACAGCAGUGUGAAUGACCAGAGUGUUAAUAUUCCACCAGGUUCGUCUGAGCUCAGUCGCAGUCGGUAUCUGUUCAGUGUAUCGUAUGUGAUGCUGCUGGUGAAGAACCUGCUAUAUUUCUGCACCAUCUCUGUCUUACUGUGCAAGAGAAGAUCUGCAGACAAGAAAACACCUUAG